AGUUAUAUUUUCGCGGGUGACUUCCCUGUGUUCCUGUCGAUAAUUGAUUUCACUUCUGGUUGUUAUCCUCAUAAUAAUAUUAAUAAAACAAACUCGACACAGAUUAAGACGCUGCUACUUUUAAUUCACACAGUAACGUUAGCUCGUCAGUUAGCUAGCUAAGCUAACACAAACAGCAGGUAACGUUAACUUUAGCAUGCUUGGCUAACGUAACGUUAGUUAGCUGAGUUUGUAGUGUCGGUAGUCUCGGAGGAUAAAAGACACCGGUGGUAAUGUCUCUCAGUGCCGUCCACGGAACACUGUCAAGUCUGAAGCAAUGUCAGGCAGACAUCGGGACGGGAAUGGACAUCGUGACAGAUGUGGCGAUGGACCUGGCGGAGACUCAGGAUGAAGAGAUGAACCCAGGCAUUAAAGAAAUGGAGGCCAUGAUUCUGGAGUGUGCGAAGCUGGACAGGGAGAUUAACUACUUUGUUGAUGUUGUGCAACAAGUCACAGCAGAGGUUACGUCGCAGCAGCCAGAGGCCAUGUUCAGCCUGUCUGCCAAAGUGAAAGAGCAGUUCACAGAGAGAAUAGCCAGGCUCUCUGACGCUGAGCUGCAGAAUCACCAGAAAGUAGUGGCCUUCAAGGAGAGCAUCAAGAGCUCUCUCAACCAAGCCAACCAAGAGUCAGCAGAGCACACAGAGGAGCUCGAUGAGGACAUUGCUGUUACACAGAGCCAAGUCAACUUCACCUGCCCAGUCACACAGGUGGAAAUGGUGAACCCGAUGAAGAAUAAGAAGUGUAACCACCACUAUGAUGAAGAAGCCAUACUGGGCCUGAUGAAAACAAGACACAGCCAGAAAAAGAAAUGCCGCUGUCCUGUGGUGGGCUGUGGGAACACAGAUGUGAGACAGUCAGAUCUGGUUCCUGACCAGAUGCUGAGGAGAAAGAUCCAGAGCCAUAAGAGAAACAGCAACCGGACAUAGUACGCCACAUUUAUAUUCAUCAUAAAACCUGUGUCUUGGUUAUUAUUUGUAUAUUAGGAAAGUAAUAUGUUGUUAGUAUUUUGAAGACAGUUGUUUUUAUCAGGACUCAGGUUGUUGAAAUUUUUGUUCAAGGAGUUGUACCCCGGAAAAACUCUGCUGCCUGGCUGAAUUAGAAUUCAGAAAGUGAUGACUUAUGUUUUAUUUCUUAAGAUGGAGCAUCUUUUGUAUCAACUCCAGUCUUAUUGAAUGUAAAUAAAAGCUGCAAACCUUUUCAUCAA